AUGGCAAAUACGGAAUUUGCACCUCAAGCAAAGGGUGAUAACGCCCAUCUACACCUGGGAACCCUUCGUGCCGACUUCAAAACCGUCGAUGGCAUCCCCAAUAUAGAAAAUCGCGCGGGGAAAGAGAGUGCUUUACUUCGGAAGAUCGACCUUCGCAUGAUGCCCCUAAUGAUGAUCAUAUAUGUGCUCAACUAUCUCGACAGAAACAACAUCGCCAUGGCGAGACUCGGCAACUUCGAGAGAGACAUUGGGCUGGUGGGGACACAGUACAAUACCAUUAUAUCAGUCUUUUUCGUUGGGUACAUCUUGACCCAGAUCCCCACCAACAUGAUCCUCAACAGAAUGCGACCUUCGAUCUUCUUACCUGGUGUCAUGUGCGCUUGGGCAGUUGUCAGUGCUGCUACUGGUGCUGUUAAAAACUACGCCGGCAUGGUGGCUUUACGGUUUAUCUUGGGGUUUGUUGAAGCCCCAUUUUUUCCGGGCGCUCUCUUUUUGUUCAGCGCUUGGUAUACGAAGAAAGAGUUGGCGGCACGUAUCUCUAUUCUUUAUGCCGCGGGCCAGAUGGCUGGAGCCUUUGGCGGGCUUCUCGGUAGUACCAUCAUGGGGGGCAUGGACGGAAAGGCUGGUCUCGCGGACUGGCGAUGGCUGUUCAUCAUCGAGGGUUGCGCCACAAUCCCUGUAGCCCUUGUCACCAUGUGGAUUAUCCCUGAUUACCCAGCCACUACCAAAUGGCUCUCGGAGGAGGAACGUCAGAUUGCUGUCCUACGGAUCGCAGAGGAAGCCAACGAAGAAGAUGAUCGCGCUGAGACACCUGCUCUCCUUGGUCUAAAAAUGGCUUUGACCGACCCAGCCUUAUAUAUGAUCUGGUUUAUGCAGCUGGGCCUCAACACCUCGGCAGCAUUUAUCAAUUUCUUCCCGACUAUAGUGGCAACACUUGGGUAUCCACAACGUGAAACUCUGCUUCUCUCAGCACCGCCCUACGUAUUUGCAGCUAUUCUCGGAAUAUGCAACUCCUGGCACAGUGAUCAAGUCCGCGAGCGAUGGGUCCAUGUUGUCUGGCCGCAGGUCUUCUGCAGCAUCGGAUUCGUCAUCUCAGCGGUCACCCUCAACACGGUUGCGCGCUACAUCGCGACCUUUAUGAUGAUGUCAGUGUACGGCUCAUUCGGGUGCAUUCUGUCCUGGGUCUCUACUACGCUUCCGAGGCCCUCCACCAAGCGUGCCAUUUCCUAUGCCGUGGUCAACGCGGGAUCUAACUUCGCCGCCAUAUACGCUUCCUACUUUUAUCCCUCCAGCCAAGGUCCCAGAUACUGGCAAGCGAAUGUAGCAAAUGUUGCGUUCUCAGCUAUUGCGUUGACGACUGUCUUCACGCCAAAGAGCGACUGCACAGCUGCAUCAGCAUAUGCGUCGACGACCUGGGCUGGUAAUCAAUGGGCAUAUCAACUCGACAGCGGCAUCAGCAAAGCAACCUGUUAUCCUUCUUCUUACAGCGCGUAUCAGUAUAAGUCCGGCCUAUGGUAUUCGCCCGGGGUAUGCCCUCUGUCUUACAACUACGUCGCGACCUCGAUCAUUCGACCCACAUCUGGACCGGCCACCACACUUGCGAUAUGCUGUCCACCGGGGGUCCAUAAUGCCCCGUUGACUGGGUGGUCUUGUUAUCAGGUCCUCACCAGCAGUGUCUCCGAUUUGAGCUUCUCCAACGAUCUGAAGACAACGCUUGCGGGCACCACUGCCUUUGCAAAUCCGAUUUCAGUCGCGUGGCAGCAAAGUGAUCUUUCACUUUUUUCGCCCGCGUCUGCUCCAAUCCUAGCUUUGCGAAGCCAAGGUAUCACGUUCCCACCCGAUAGCACAACGACCUCAAGCUCCCUGUCUGCAACCGGGACCACCUCAGUUACUUCCAGCUCGCCCUCAAGUACCGACACGGCAGCACCGAUACCAUCGUCCGGUUCCGGAAUUAGCACUGCUUCAGCAGCUGGUAUUGGUGUUGGCGCCACCGUUGGCGUCUUUGCAAUUGUUGGUGUCAUCUGGUGGUUUAGGAGACACUACCGUAUCGCCAAGCGGAGUGACCAUAGCGACCAACAGCAGUCACAAUCCACAAGCUUGGAACCUGCCAAAGACGCCGCCCACGAUACAAAUUUGGCUCAGUAUCAUGCCAGCUUAUACCAAGGGCACCUAGCUCUCGCAGAAGCGCCAGCUACCGAUGUUCCAUUGGAGGCAGAUUACAGUAACACAAGAGCAGAACUCUAUGGGGGUUGGCAGGGGUAUGAGGCGCCAGCUAGGAUCCAAAGCCCUACAUGA